AUGCACGAUAGCAGCAGUUCAGCAGCAGCUGUACCGGCAACAGUUGAGAGUUCCAGUGGACAUCAUCUACACGCUCACAGCGCAACAGCAGCAACGGCAUUGCCUGGAAUGUCUACAGGUGAUAGUGGUCUCUCUGCUGGUCAGUCUGCUGGUCAGGCUGGUCAGUCUGGUCAGUCAUUGCUGUUGCCACGUAUCAACUCUGGGCCAUGUACUGCUAACCCACUCAGCUUGGAAUCCUGGGUGUUAUCAACAUCUCGUCAUAGUUAUGUGGAUAUACAGCGCUAUGCACCCAAGCAGUCUCUGCUACACUAUCCUGUGGAUAAACAACGGGUCACACUAUCCACCGGUGCAUCCUCGCAAUCCUCAUCUUGUCAGUUUCUCGAUCGCUUAGCGGAGUCUGAUGCAGCUUCUGGCACACGUAUGUGUGUUCUUGCACGUCUGUGCAGCCGCCCGCUAGUCGGACAGUACGGCGAGUUUGUGAAGGCCGCUCAAUGGCAGACUACGUUCCUGGAGUGGAUAGCUGAGAACUCACCAAGUGCUAUUCGCUCGUUACAGGACGAUGUACGGACUAUGCGUAACAACGGCAACGCGACUGCUUCACCCGCGUUUGUACUGCAGCCGAGGAACAUGCCUUGCCUAUCACCGUCUCCCACAUCAUCAUCGUCGUCAUCAUGUGUAGACAGCGGUCGUGAUGGUGUCGAUCCGUGUGCAGUACCUCACAUUGAUGCUGGUGCUGGUGCUGCUGGUGCUUGUGAUCAAUGUGUGCCACCACUACCACCGCCACAGCAGCAUCGCUCUAGCAGCACAUGUCUGAGAGGAUGGGUGAUGUUGCCGGCCGGGCACUUAGUGCAAGAUGUCCACUCCACGCUGGAUCGGUUACUGUGUGCCGCUACCCCAUCCUGCACACCGUCAUGUGACACAUACUCACCACAACACAGGGAUAGAGAACAAGAAUUUGUACAACCAGAUGAAAUGGUACGGUGCUUACCCGUGUUCGAUCCGAGCAAGAAUGAGUUUGUGCCAGCAACACCAGAGCGUCUCAGCAGACGGCAGCUGUUGAGGCAAUGCACCACGCUACGCUCACGCCUGUCGAAUUCAUUCGCAAAGCUGUUCCUCUUGGAUGAAACUCCUGAAAUGCUCUACUUGAAGCAUCGGCGUGCUUGCACAAGAACGAGUUCUGUGUCCACAACACCGACUGGAGGUAAUGGCAAUAUUUCCAGCAUGGAUCCACCAAUCUUCUCGGAUUCCGUCAAGGUCGGCCAGUAUUACAUGGAUCCUCUGUCUACUGUUCCUGUGAAGCGUCUCCUUGGCAUGUUUGCAGAGGAUGGUUCGGUACUCUGCCCUAAAACCCUGAAACCUCUCAUCCUGCCAGAGGAUGUUGAUGUCGACUAUGUAACAUCAAUCGGAGGUGUCAAACCGUUUUCUCAUCACUCUGUGGGUGACCGGAAAGUUCACGGAGUGGAGUAUUGCAUGGACGCCAAUGAUGGCCUGCAGAGCGAUGCAGCACUGCAGAGACUACGGGACAGUCUGAACCGCGUCAUGGACCCCACCGGCAGUGCGGUGGAACUGAAGGCAGCUCUGUCGGACGAAUCCGACAUCAUACCCGCACUGACCGGCGCCCGACGCUCUCGCAUCACAACCACCGAAUCCACUACCAGCAGCAGCAGCAGCAGCAGCAGCAGAAGUAGUAGCACUGGCCGUGCCAAGACCAGUGCCACUAGUAGUAGUAAGCAGAGCUCUGGACGGUCACACAUCCUGGAGGCUAGCGGCAGUCGCAGCAAGAAGCAACACUUGACUAGUAAGUCGUCGUCAUUGUCCUCCUCCCGCUCAUCCAGUGUCUCAUCCCUUGGCCGUUCCUUGCAAUCAUCCAAAGCUGUGUCGUCACCAUCAUUAUCGUCAUCAUCGUCUCUCUCAAGUCGGGAUAAACAACAGCGAGUAGGAUCAACACGACGACGCCACUCCGACCAGCACGCGGCCUCGUUGUCAUCGGGGCGGCGAUCUCUGAGUGACGGCUCAAAGCCAUCAGAACGCAGGACGCUGAGCAGCUCAAAAGCUCAUUCGUUGCGACGAGACGCAUCGAGCUCAUCGUCGUCGUCAUCGUCGUCCCUGCUCAGACGUCGCUCAAGCACGCAGGAUUCGCUGCUCACACGUCGCUCAAGUGCACGUGAGCAGCAGACUGGUGGCAGUGCUGGUGGUGGUAGUAGCAUCACUGGUAGCAGAAUGGAGACGCAGGCGUUGAUGACAUCAUCGGUGACAUCAUCACCACCGGUGCCCCCAUCGUCAGCCAUGAGUUCAGUGACCUCGGUGUCAUCUCUGCAGUUGUCUCCUAACCAUGCUGGUGAGGUGUCUGCCUCUGUACCAGUAACAGCAACAACAUCAACACACCAAGGCCUCUGCAAAGGUCCAGCAUUGCGGCGUCAUCGUACCACAUCCAUGAACUUGUCGUCCGUGGCAUCUUCGGACGGUGCGUUACUCGAAUCACCACCGGCAAGAACAUCAUCGGCUGAUUGGGCACUACCGUCAGCCUCAGUAGCAACCGCAUCCACAUUGUCGUCGUCAUCACCACUGUCAACCUCACACUUGUCCCGUGUUUCCGAGCACGUUGCUCCCCAUGACUGCACCACUCCACCCAUCACAUCAUCCACGAGUAAUGAUGACAUCACCGUGAGUCACCAUGACGUAAUGAUGAGUGCAAGUCAGCCCGUUGCGUCAGUCGGCACCCGAAGUCACUCAACGUCUGCAAUAGAUACAAUGCUAUCGGCUUCUCAAGCUCCUGCAGCAGCUGCAACAGGGAGUCAUCAAGAAGACAAGGAGGCCAGGGAGGGCAGGAAGACAACGGCUGAGCAGAGACGGCAGCUCCGUGUCAAGCGAUCCGAACGUCACAAACAGCAACUGCAGCUGGUCGUAGAACACGUGGUGAUGAAGCAUGGUGUUCAGAGGUCCGACCGUCUGUUCCAGAACUGCGCUAACAGACUGUUCAAAGUCAGCAAGAUCUUCCUUGAGGAUUUGACGACAUCGCACAAUUUAAUUGCGGAAAUGAAGAAGGUUGCGAAGAACAACGUGAAACAAGUGGUCCAGUCGGAGUUUAAGAAUGCAAAGCGCUCAUUGUCUGUAAGCUGAGGUUUCUGUGGGAGAUGCCAUAGCGAUGAUGUCAUAGUUAUGAUGUCAUAUCAUUGAUGUCAUAGCAGUGAUGAUCUCAUAGUAAUGCGCUGGGUGAAGUGGACAGCCCGGUAUCGUGUGACUCGGUGUGUGUGUGUGUGUGUGUGUGUGUGUGUGUGUAUGCGCUCGCUGACUUCUCUUGGCUGUCAAUCUCGUGCGACAAUCGCUGUUUUUAUUUGCCAUGAUGUACGUGACGAUUUUAAACUUUUGUAUUUUCUAGACUCCAGUCUUAAGGAGUUAUACUGGCUAGCUGCCUUUACAGCCGGCUCUUGACUUGACGUGUAUUUUCGUGGAAAAUAGCCCAUCGCUCUGCUGCUGCUGCUGCCGCUUAUUCUGAUUUUAUCCCAGCUCUCCAACCCGUACAGCUACAGGUAACCAUGGUUACUGUUACUGCUCGUCUGGUUUUGUACUUUAGCGCUAUUUUUUUAUUUAAGACUUUUCUUCUUUCAGAG